AUGGCAGGUACACACCUCCUCUCUCACUCUUGUUCCCUUCCCAAAACCUACAAUCACUCUUUCACCAAAAACCCUUUUCCUCAAAACCUUCUCUUCCCUCUGAAAUCCCAACCCACCAUGAAACCGCGCGUUCUCAGAGCAGUUCAAUCUCAAAGCACAGCCAAAACCCCACUAGAAGACACCAAGAACACUCAUUUUCACCAUUGUUUCAGCAAAUCCGAAGAUGGGUAUCUGUAUUGCGAGGGUCUCAAGGUGGAUGAGAUUAUGGAGUCUGUUGAAAAAAGACCUUUUUAUUUGUACAGCAAACCCCAAAUUACUAGAAACGUUGAAGCUUAUAAGAAUGCAUUGGAAGGGUUAACGUCUAUUAUUGGUUAUGCUAUCAAGGCCAAUAAUAAUUAUAAGAUUUUGGAGCAUUUGAGGAACUUGGGUUGUGGUGCCGUGCUUGUUAGUGGAAAUGAGCUUAAACUUGCUCUUCGUGCUGGAUUUGAUCCCACAAGGUGUAUCUUCAAUGGAAAUGGGAAAAUCUUGGAGGAUUUGGUCUUGGCUGCCGAAGCAGGCGUGUUUGUGAACAUUGACAGUGAGUUUGACUUGGAAAACAUUGUGGCUGCUGCAAGAAUUGCUGGAAAGAGGGUGAAUGUCUUACUUCGGAUUAAUCCUGAUGUUGAUCCACAGGUUCAUCCUUAUGUUGCCACCGGGAAUAAGAACUCUAAAUUUGGCAUUAGAAAUGAGAAGCUGCAAUGGUUUUUAGAUGCUGUCAAAGAGCACCCUGUUGAGUUAAAGCUUGUAGGAGCCCACUGUCAUCUUGGAUCAACCAUUACCAAGGUAGAUAUUUUCAGGGAUGCAGCCUCUAUUAUGGUCAACUACAUUGACGAAAUCCGAGCUCAGGGUUUUGAAGUUGACUACUUAAAUAUUGGUGGUGGACUUGGGAUAGAUUAUUAUCAUGCCGGUGCUGUCCUUCCUAAACCCAGAGAUCUAAUUGAUACUGUGCGGGAGCUUGUUCUUUCCCGUGGUCUUAAACUUAUCAUUGAACCAGGGAGAUCACUUAUAGCAAAUACUUGUUGCUUAGUUAACCGGGUGACAGGUGUCAAAACCAAUGGCUCUAAAAACUUUAUUGUGAUUGACGGAAGUAUGGCUGAACUUAUCCGUCCAAGUCUUUAUGAUGCUUAUCAGCAUAUAGAGCUUGUUUCCCCUGCCCCAGCAAAUGCCGAGAUUGCUACUUUUGAUGUAGUCGGCCCUGUCUGCGAGUCUGCCGAUUUCUUAGGAAAAGGAAGAGAACUUCCAACUCCUGCCAAGGGUGCUGGUCUAGUUGUUCACGAUGCCGGUGCUUACUGCAUGAGUAUGGCAUCUACUUACAAUCUAAAGAUGAGGCCUCCUGAGUACUGGGUUGAAGAUGAUGGAUCAUUGAGCAAAAUCAGACACGGGGAAACAUUCGAAGACCAUAUCCGGUUCUUCGAGGGGCUUUAA